GUGUCAGAGUACAACGCAGCACCAAGUAACCUCAUCUAUUGACAUUUGAGAAUCAGAAAAUUACAGAGAGAUAACAGAUCAAACACCAAACUCCUGAAAUUUUUAAUUUCCAUUCAGAUUCUUUUUUACUUUUUUUCACUUUCGAUUCAAAACCCUAACUUUCUCUGAGUUCCUUCUUCUUCCAGUGUCGCCGUUUCUCAACGAUUGAUAACCUAAUCAACAAUCAUUGACCAAUAACGAUUGAAAAACCCAAACUUUGUGUGAAGUAGUUCACUUCCCCCAUUACUCGCUUAACCCUUUGUUUUGAUUCAACUUCAUUGUUUCCUCUCUCACUAUGAAAGAAGGUAAAUCUGUUAAAUUGAAUCAUCAGCACCAGAACGGUCACCUCUCUCCUUCCAAAUUCGCCAAAUUGUUUGAUCCUGAAGCUUCCUGGGACAAGGAUCAAUUGGGAGACGUAUUGCAUUGGAUUAGACAAGUGCUUGGCCUUGUGUGUGGAUUCCUUUGGGGUGCCAUACCUUUGGUUGGAGGAAUAUGGUUUAUCCUAUUUUUAGUGUUGUCCUCUGGGAUUAUAUAUAGUUAUUAUGCAAUAAUAUUAAAGGUUGACGAGGAAGAGCUUGGUGGUCAUGGAGCCCUCCUUCAAGAGGGACUUUUUGCUUCUAUAACUCUUUUCCUGCUUUCCUGGAUUCUAGUUUACAGUUUAGCACACUUCUGAUUGGCCGGGCAUUGAAGCUUCAACACGGUUGAAAGUUUUACUUGAUUACAGUUGCCCGAUUUGCAGUUAUCUGCUUUACUUCUGUGUAAAAUGUUCUGAUUUUGCAAUGCAUGAACGCUAGCUUCUGCUUUCCAUGGUAAUAGCUAUUUUAGUCCAAGCCAUUCUAAUGACACCUCGUACUACAGCAAAUUGUAUGUUGCAGAACUGAUGACAAUCAAAAUUAUGUUUGUUGAACGGUGAAAUAAAAUUGUUGCAGGCAAAUUCUGUGGGAUCAUUUAUCCUUGAUGUUUAUGCCAUACAUAUAGAAUUCCUGAAUGGAUUCCCGCUUUUUUGGUUGAUCUUGAUGUAGCUGUUUUGAUUGCGGCUGCUGUGAACUGAUUGUUUAAGGAUCAUAUGUUGUGUGUUGAUGAUGGUUAUGGUAAAAUGCCCGAACAUUUGUACGAUU